GAUCUGCCCCUGUUAACACCAAUCGGAAACCCCGUUAUAUCCUCUUCCUUUUGCUGUCCGCGAGCGAGAUGCCAGGCGGUGGUGUAACAGUAAAAGACGUCAACCAGCAGGAGUUUGUCCGGGCGCUGGCGGCCUUCCUGAAGAAGUCAGGAAAGCUGAAGGUGCCAGACUGGGUGGACAUUGUUAAGCUGGCUAAACACAAGGAGCUGGCACCCUGUGAUGACAACUGGUUCUACAUCAGAGCUGCCUCCACAGCACGCCACCUUUACCUGCGUGGCGGCGUAGGUGUAGGCUCCAUGAUCAAGAUCUAUGGAGGCCGUAAGAGGAACGGUGUGUGUCCCUCUCACUUUAGUGUGGGUUCCAAGAACGUGGCUCGCAAAGUGCUGCAAGCCCUGGAGGCUCUUAAGAUGGUGGAGAAAGACCCUAACGGUGGGCGCAAACUGACCCCACAGGGCACCAGAGACUUGGAUAGAAUUGCUGGCCAGGUGAUGAAGAUACAAUAAAUAUUAUUUGUUUCAGCUGCAAGCAAGAAGUCUUGAAAUGUAAAAUAAACUUUGAGAACUCGAA